UGAGCAUGCGCAUAAGUGUACUUCCUGUAUCAACUGAGCCAUAAAGCUAUCUGAAGUGUCUUGUAAUAAAUGUACCCUGGAAUUAUUAUAGUGCUUAAUUUUUCUAACAUAUCACAGCUUCAUGCUUACUUUCCUGCUUAACGCCAUUUUCUGCGCAACAUACCUGUUUCCGAUCAACAGCCAUGCCUUUACUAAGCGGGAAAUGUCUCAUUAUAGAGACAGAAUAAAGUCCAUGUUUUACCAUGCCUACAACAACUACUUGGAAAAUGCAUAUCCAUAUGAUGAGCUCCGGCCAUUGACAUGUGAUGGACAGGAUACAUGGGGCAGUUUUUCACUUACUCUUAUUGAUGCCCUGGAUACCUUGCUGAUAUUGGGGAACCACACAGAGUUUCAACGGGUGGCCACUCUUCUUCAGGACAAUGUGAAUUUUGACAUUGAUGUAAAUGCCUCAGUGUUUGAGACAAACAUACGAGUGGUCGGUGGUCUCCUCUCAGCUCACCUGUUGUCCAAGCAGGCUGGGAUCACUGUAGAGGAGGGCUGGCCAUGCUCUGGUCCUCUGCUCCGCUUGGCUGAGGAUGCAGCACGCAAACUUCUCCCAGCAUUCCACACACCCACUGGUAUGCCCUAUGGCACAGUGAACCUGCUGAGGGGUGUCAGCCCCACUGAGACUCCCAUUACCUGCACAGCUGGCGUGGGCACAUUCAUCCUGGAGUUUUCCACCCUGAGCCAUCUCACUGGAGAUCCUGUGUUUGAAGACGUGGCCCGAAAGGCUCUCGUUGCCCUGUGGAAAACCCGGUCGGAUAUUGGCCUGGUUGGGAACCAUAUUGAUGUCAUUACCUCAAAAUGGGUCGCUCAGGAUGCAGGUAUCGGGGCAGGGAUUGAUUCAUACUUUGAGUACUUGUUAAAGGGUGCAAUCAUGCUGCAAGAUGAGGAACUUCUUAACAUGUUUCAUGAGUUUGAUAUGUCCAUAAGGAACUACACUAAGUUUGAUGACUGGUACCUAUGGGUGCAGAUGCAUAAGGGUACUGUUUCCAUGCCUAUAUUUCAGUCUCUGGAGGCAUUCUGGCCUGGCCUGCAGAGUCUUAUAGGGGAUAUAGAGAGUGCGACAAGGACCUUCCAUAACUACUGUACAGUGUGGCGUCAGUUUGGUGGACUUCCAGAGUUCUACAGUAUUCCUCAGGGCUAUACUGUGGACAAGCGAGAAGGAUAUCCUCUACGACCAGAGUUGAUAGAGAGUGCAAUGUACCUGUAUAAGGCCACGGGUAACCCAGCAUUUCUGCAACUAGGCAGGGAUGCAGUGGAGUCCAUAGAGAAGAUAAGCCAAGUUAAAUGUGGAUUUGCAAGUGUGAAGGAUGUGAGAGACCACAAGCUAGACAACCGGAUGGAGUCAUUCUUCUUGGCUGAAACUAUCAAGUACCUUUACCUGCUGUUUGAUCCUGACAACUUUAUUCACAACACAGGCACAACAUUUGAACUGGGCGGGGCACAUGGGGACUGCAUUCUGGGGGCAGGGGGUUAUAUUUUUAAUACAGAGGCACAUCCACUUGAUCCAGCUGCAUUGCAUUGCUGCAGCAAGGACCAAGAUGAGCGCUCAGAGCUACAGGACAUCCUCCUGAGCUUAACCGAGCACUAUAAGCCUUCCAUGGACCAAUCAGACGAGGCUUUGGGAGACAGAAAUUCAGAAAGGAUACCAUUAAGUCCUAGAGAAAGAAGAAAAGCAAUUCGGCUGUCCUGCCCAGUGCAAAGUUUCAGUGCUCGAUUUGCAGUCAUGGGUCAAGUCUUUUCUGACAGCACAUGAACAGAAAUUGUUCUGAGAUUAAGAUGUAAAAUAUUAAAUUUUUAAAAAAUAUUUACUGAAAACGUGAAAUUUUCCCACCUUAUAUGUAAAACAGAAAUAUGUGUGGCAGCCUGGGAAAACCUGUCAGAUGUCACUGUGGCUGAAUAAAACUGAUAAAUAAAUAAUAUUUAAAAUGCAAAUGUACAGUAAAGGAAUAAAAUAAUUGUUAUAUGCAGUUUUUGUUAAAAAUACCAAACAAUGCCAGCAAGUCAUGACAUCAUGUUUCUAAUCAUGUUUGAUACUACAUUACCUUGUCCAUCUUGAUGUGCCUGAGAUAGCCAGCAAGCUAACUAGUUAGAGUACAAUGGAGUAAAUACAGUUUUUGAAGAGAAAAUGACCAGAAGCUGUACAGCCCGAAGAACCACCACAGAAAAGCUCCACUGCUAGUAAAAUUAGCAAAUAUGACCCAGCACACACAAAAUAUGGUUUCACUUCAGCCAGCUAAAAUGGCAAUGGAGACACUCACGAACAAGGCUUUAAAGCCAUCUAAACUUGAGAGACACUUAAAACAAAGUGUCUUUUUUUAAAUGCAAAUUGGAAAGUCAUUUAGAAAUCAAGCCACUAUUACUGAAAGAGCAUUGAAAGCAUCAUUUUUUUAGCCUCAUACCACAUUGCUCGAGCUUGAGAAUUGCUCAUUUAUGCAGUUAUUCAAUCAGCCAAUCAAGAUGCGAUCGAAGUAUAGACUUUCAGCUUUAUUUUAAGAGGUUCCACAAAAAUAUGGCAUUUACCAUUUAGGAAUUACAGGAAAGCCACAUUAUACUUUGCCGGAAAACAUCUAAACAAAAGCCUCCCAUGUUCUGGAAUAAGAUUCUUUGGACUGAUGAAACCAUAUAUACCACAUCUUGUGUCAAACAUGGUGGAGGCAGUGUUAUGGCAUGGGCAUGUAUGGCUGCCAAUGAAAUGGGCUCACUGGUGUUUAUUGAUGAUGUGACUGCUGAAAGAAGUAGCAAGAUGAAUUCUGAGGUGUAUAGGGCUAUACUCUCUGCUCACAUUCAGCCAAAUGCUACAAAACUCAAGUCAGUUGCCUGAUCUCAACCCAAUAGCGCAUUCUUUUCACUUAUUGAAGACAAGACUGAAGGGAGAAAGACCCAGAAACAAGCAGCAACUGAAGGUGGCUGCAGUGAAGGCCUAGCAAAGCAUCUCCAGGGAGGAAACUCAGAAUUUGAGUUCUGAGAACAUGGGCGCCAGACUUCAGGCAGUCAUUGGCUUCAAAGGAUUUUCAUCCAAGUAUUAAAAUUAUGGUUAUAUUUACAAUUAUGUCACUGUCCAAAUUGAGCCCCUGAAAAUGGAGGUACUUUGCUUAAAAUGGCUGUAAUUCCUAAAUGGUAAAUGCCUUAUUUUUGUGGAACCUCUUAAAAUAAAGCUGAAAGUCUACACUUCGAUCACAUCUUGAUUGUUUUAUUUCAAAUCCAUUGUGGUGGUGUAUAAAAGCGAAAUCACAAAAACUGUCAUUGUCCAAAUACUUCCAGACCUGACUGUAUGUGUGUGUGUGUGUGUGUGUGUGUGUGUGUGUGUGUGUGUGUGUAUAUAUAUAUAUAUAUUAUUGUCGUAUUGGCAAUGUUCAGUGCUUUUGCAAUGGCUAUGAUCGAUUUUUCCCUCUUUUCUCAGCUUCAAAAUUGCUUGCUUUUGCUCUCUGUUGGUUUAAACUUUUUAAAAACACGUGCAGUCUUCACAGGUGAAACCCAGGGUUCAAACCAAAAGUAGACAUUGAGAGCUAUUAAUUUUUUAAUUAAUUAAUUAUUUAAUUAAUUAAUUUUUAAUUAAAAGCUACAAUUCUGUAGUCCUCACCAACUUCAAUAAACAGACAAAUAACCUCAGGUGACAACAAAAAACACAACAAAUUUCAACGUGUAAUUUUUUCCUAAAUAGUAAACCAACAUUCAGAAACCAGGUGAGGAAAAAAUAAGUACAUGCUUCCUACUUCCACAAUCAUUAACAGAGUAAUUAGCAGCCAGGUGUUACUAAUGAAAUGUACAAGAUCAGAAAUGAUCAAUAUAAUAAUCAAGACAUGUGAAUACUUCUAUAAUAACAGAAUUUUUGGCAAUUUGGUGUUCUGGAGCACUCAGGUGUGUGUCUACAUCAUGCCAAGAUGAAGAAGAAGGAUAUCACCCAUGACCUCAGAGAAGCAGUUGUUACUGCUGAUCAGUCUGGGAAGGGUUAUAAGACCAACUCCAAACAAUUUCACCAUUCUAAAGUAAGGAUUGAUUACAAAUGGAGAGCCUUCAAGUCACUCCAAUCCAGUCUUCCCAGGAGUGGGUGUCCCAGCAAAUUCCAUGCAAGGACAGACAGUUUAAAGCUCAGAGAUAUAAAGAAAAACUCAAGCUACACGUGACCUACAGGCCUCUGUAAGCACACUAAAUGUUUAUAUUAAUGACAACACAAUCAGAAAUAGACUGAACAAGUAUGGCUUUCAUGGAAGGGUAGCUAGGAAAAAGCCCCUUCUCUCCAAAAAGAAUAUGUUAACAUGACUUAGAUUUGCAAAAUUCCGUCUGAACCACAUAAGUUCUGGAACAAGGAGAUCCUUAGAAUAUCCUCGAUGAGACCGAGGUGGAGAUGUUUGGUCAUCAUGCAUAUCACCAUGUUUAGCAAAAACCAAACACAGCGUAUCACCACAAACACCUCAUACUAACUGUCAAGCAUGGUAGUGGAGGGGUGAUGAUUUGGGCUUGUUUUGCAGCCACAGCACCUGGGAAACAUGCAGUCAUUGAGAUAACAAUGGCUAGGUUAACAUGCACAUCAAUUUCCCUUUAAAGGUCUAUAUUUGGGUUGCAGCCAUAUACUGUAUCUCGAAUACAAUGUUUACAUGCGUACAGGCAGCGGAAAAUUCCUCUAUACAUGGUUGUGGUAGGUAUGCCUGAGUUGCCAAUCCUAAAUUCCUAGCUUACAGCCAAGCAUCUGUUAGCACCCACAAUUCCUUGUGGACUGAGCAUGCACAUAUACCUCCUUUGAGUGGAUUUUCUGAAUAAGGUGUUUACGUGCAACAAAUUUCUGAUUAAAACAGGCAUAUUCCAGGGGUGGGGAUUGGAAUUUGUGCAAUUGGGCAGUGGGAUUGUGGCGUUAACAUGACUCAAUACUAAUUAGAAUAUUGCCAAAUUCCGAUUAAUAUCGGAAUUUUGAUGUGCACGUAAAUGUAACCAAUGAACUCCACUUAACACAAGAAUAUUCUUCAGACAAUUGUGAGGCCAUCUGUCCAGCAGCUUAAGCUGGCCUGAAAUUGGGUCAUGUAAUAGGACAAUAAUCCCAAGCACACCAGAAAAUUGAUUUCUGAAUGGCUAUGGAAGAAAAAAAAUCAAAGUGUUGAAAUGGCCGAGACCUCAACCUCAUUGAGAUGCUGUGGCAGGAGCUGUGCACACAUGAAUGACCUCAAACAUCAAUGAACUGAAGCAAUUUUGUAAAGAGGAGUGGGCCAAAAUUUCUCCAAAAUGACGUUAGAGACCGAUAAACUGCUAUAGAAAAUGUUUACUUCAAGUUAUUGUUGCUAAAGGUGAUUUUACAUGUUACUCAAUCAUAGGGUGUACUUAUUUUUUCCCACCUGGUCUCUGAAUGUGAGUUUACUUUUUGGGGAAAAAAUAGUAUUUAGUGAGGGCUACACAAUUGUUAUUUAUGCUCUGAUAAAUAAAAACAUAGAAUUGAAGGAGGGUGUACUUUAAUUUUCCCAUGACUGCAUUAUCCAUUAAAUCUGAGCUACAGAAGGAUAUGCUGUUUUCACAACAACAAGCCCUGGAUCACCAAAGACCUGAAGGAUCUGCUGAACAAGAAAAAUCAGGCCUUCAGGCAGUGGGACAAAAAGCAGAUGAGGAGGGUUAAAGGAGUUGAAUGUCAGACUGAGGGAGAACAAUGCAGCAAUGAGCUGAAUGUGUUUUUGUACUGGUUCAGCAUGCCGUCUUCCUCCCCCACCUGCAGCAGCCACACAUCCUCACUCAUUUCCCCCACUCUCUCACUUCCACCACUCCUCUCCCACGACCACACACCUUCCCUCAGUUCUUCCACCCCAAUACCUCCACCACUCUUCCACACUCACCCCACAACCACUCAUUCUAACUUUAAUUCUAAAGCCAGAGGGGUGGCAGUAUUAAUUAAUAAGAGAAUAAUAAUAAGAAUAAGUAGAUACUUGAUUAUUAUUGCAAAUUCCUGUGCUGCUAGUAAAUAUAUGUCCUCCUAAUUUUGAUGACCCCGGUGUAAAUUAUUUGAGUGUCCCAUCGUUAAGAGUCAUCUCUUAAUUUUCAGUGGUGACUUAAAUUGUCUUAGAGCCUUUAUUAGAUCAUUUAAACCCUCUAACCAUGACACCAUCUUCUAUGUCUAGGUCUGUUUCAGAGUUUAUAAACAAGAAUGGUUGCAUUGAUCCCUGGAUUUUAUAGUUCUCAAGCCAAAGUAUUUUCUUUUUUUCACAAGUACAUCAGUCAUACUCUUUGAUUAUUUUUUUAUUGACUACUCUCUAAUUUCGAACCUAGUAACCUCCACUGAAUAUCACACAGUUGUUAUAUCUUAUCAUGCCCGCCUCAGUGUAGAUAUUCAGUUAAUUGUUCAGCCUCGAUACUCAUCACUCUGGAGGUUUAAAUGUCUUCACCUGUCUAAGGAUAAAUUUUAUGGUUUCAUCUUAACAUCCAUUGAUAACUUAAUUGCUUUUAAUCUUAAUGAUGGGGUCUCAUUACCGUGGGAAUCACUCAAAGCAUAUAUACGAGGACAAGUAAUUUCCCACUCAGCAUAUGUAUUUUAUAUAAAAAUAUAUAAGGCUAAGAUACAAGAACUCACUACUGGUAUUUUUAAUAUUGACUAGCAGUUUGCAGUUAACCCAUCUCGCAACCUGCAAAGUGCCAUGUCACACACUUGUAGAUCUUACUAUGAGUAUGGAGAUAAGGCAAGUUGACUUCUUUCACAUCAGCUUAGGCAUCAAGCAGUGCACUGUCUGAUUCCACAGACUACCGAAUCUUCUGGUAAACUAGUUUCUGAUCCUGUGGCUGUUAAUGCCACUUUCAAAUCUUUCUAUAUGUCCCUAUACAGAGCAGAAUCUUCAACUGAUACUAGAGCAAUUACUGAUUUCUUACAGAAUCUCAAGGCCAUUACAAUUGGCUCUUGCUAAAGAUCUUGAUGCCCUUUUAUGUACAGAAGGAAUCAUAUCUGUAAUUAAAGCUAUACAGAGUAAUAAAGCUCCUGGCCCAGCUGGUUUUUCAGUUGAUUUUUUUUAAAUGAAAUUUCAGAACUUAAUUGGCACCACUACUUCUUUUGCUCUUAAAGCUGGGCAAGGACCCCACAUCAUGCAGUUCAUAUAGACCACUUUUUUAUAGGUUCUUAUUUCUUUUCAUAUAAACCACUUGCAGAAUGUGGAUGUGAAGAUAUUGGCCAAUGUUUUGGCAACCUGUCUUGACAAGGUACUUACUUACUUCCAAGUAUUAUAUCUGAGGAACAAACAGGUUUUUAUUAAGGGGAGAAGGCUGUUUUUUUUAAUGUCCACUCAUAGUCUACCCAGGAGACUCUACAGUUGCUCCUGUGGUUGUGAUUUCACUUGAUGCCAAAAAGGAAUUUGACUGGGUAGAAUGGAACUUUGAGUCGAUCUUUUAGUGUCUGCAAUACUAAAUAAAUUUGGGUUUGGAACAUCUCCUGGAUUCAUUUCCUGGAUUCAUCUUUUAGUAUGCUUCUCCCCAGGCCUGCAUUCACACCAAUGAUACAAGGUCCAGUUACUAAGUUGGAACAUGGCACUCGACAAGGAUGCUCACUUUCUCCCUUGCUAUUGCCUUAGCCAUUGAACUUCUGUCUAUCACACUGAAGUCAUCUAAUUUCCUGCAUGAUAUCUCCAAGGCAGAUGCUGAAUUCAAAUUUUCACUCUACGCAAAUGAUUUACUAGUAUAUAUACCAAAUCCAAUAUCUGGUAUCCCAUCAGUUAUAUCUAUACUGGAAGAGUUUGGCUCCUUUCUGGUUAUAUAGUGAAUGUUCUCAAGAGUGAGUGUUAUACCAUUAACACACUUUAAUUACAACUUCAACAGAAUGACUUUCCAUUCAAGCUUAGUAGGUUUGGAUUUAAAUAUCUAGGGAUCAAUGUGACUAGGAUGCUACCUUCUCUUUUUUCUUCUAAUUUCUCCCCCCUCGUAACUCAAGCAAAAUCUGAUUUCGAGAGUUGGCAAAAUUUGUCUUUGUCACUGAAAGGUAGAAUUAAUGUAGUGAAAAUGAAUGUUUUUUUUUUAAUCUGUUGAGUUACUGCUUCAAAGAUGGAAAUUCAGUGGAGGGCUGGCCUUAUCUGAUUUUAAACUAAAAUAAAGUUCAUAAAGUUAGGUACUGGCUUGGCUCCAUGGUGUGCAUUGGAGGCCCAAUCAUCAUCAUUAUUAGAUUUACUUAAUUCCUCCUUGCCUAUUAACCCUCUGGUUUCACAGAUAACCCAGUAGUAUUGUACACUCUUAGGACCUGGUGUCAGUUCAACCAUUUUAAAUUUGAGAAAAUGCGUCUAGAUUAAUAUUACAUAAAUUUGUUUCCUAAAUCAUUUAUUGAUCCCAUUUUUCUUUAUACAUAAAGGUAUAAAAUGUUUUUGAGAUCUUUACAAGAUUUCAUAAUUAUUGAGAACGAUAUAUUGAAUUUGGACUGCCUGCAUCCCAUCUGUUAUAUUACCUUCAGGUCAAGCAUAGGACUCUCUCUAUUCUCCCAAUUUACCCAACUCUACUUCUCAGCCUCCAUGGCAACCUGGGAACAUAAGUUGAGUUUCACUGAGCAGUGGUGGGUUUGUGCUAUUAACAGAAUUCACACAAGCACUGUGUGUGCCUGGCCCGGGCUUUUACAGUUUAAAAUACUACAUAGAGUGCAAUAUUCAAAAGCUCAGUUGUCUGACAUCUAUCUGAAUAGACUGAUGCUACAAAUGACAGGCUUCCGCAUGCAAUUUGAACCAUGUUGUUCUUAUGCUCAGAAUUGAAUUGCUACUGGCUUUGUUACUUUACCAUCAUAUCUGAUGUUCUAAAAAUUUAAAUUGAGGUAUCAGUAUUUGGUGUUCCCAAAGACUGGAGUCAGUUUAAUUUUAAACAGUUAGACAUAGUUUCACUGACUCUGAAAGGGAACUCUGAUAGAUUCCUGGACAGAUGUCAAUCUUUUAUAGCUUACUUCAAUUCUCUACAAAUUCUGCCCCCAAUAAUUCAACUUUUUUCUGACCUCUUGCUUCUUUCUUUCUUUCUUUCUUUCUUGAGACAUGUGUGGGACUUAGUUUUUCAAUAGUGGAAGUACUGGGAAUAUUAGAGUAUUGCUGUCUUCUACAUUUAUACUUUUAUACUGUUUGUCUGGGUUUGUUUAAAGUAUUGCUUUCCGUAAAAUUGUAUUGUAUGCUCAUUACCUUGCUCCCUCUUCCUCAUUAAAAAAUUUAAACAUUCAUGUAGAGUCCCCUCUGAAUGUAUUGGAAUGGCAAGGCCAAUUUUUUUUGUUUUUGCUAUACACUGAAGACAUUUGGGUUUGAGAUCAAAAGAUAAAUAUGAGACAAUAGAGCAGAAUUUCAGCUUUUGUUUUCUGAUAUUUACAGCUAGAUG